GAUGGUACAUAUCAUUGUGGUUGUGAUCCUGGCUAUGAACUUCAAGCAGAUGGACAUAGUUGUGAACUGAAAUCUUCAUGUGAUGUAAAAUGUGAAAAUAAUGGCAAAUGUUUUGAAGGUAAAUGUGUAUGUACAUCAAAUUUUGAAGGUGAACACUGUGAAAAAGAUAAGAAUGAAUGUGAUCAAUCAAUUUUUGAACAUGGUUGCAGUCAUCAGUGCAUUAACACUUAUGGAUCAUAUGAAUGUGUAUGCCCAGCUGGAUAUCGAAGACUUGCAGAUAAACGAACAUGUGUU